AUGGAGGAUGCUAUAAAGAACUUCACGCCAACAAUAAUGCCAGAUGCUAGCGUUACAAAUAUUGAUUGCGACCCUAAUUUAGAUCCACUUUUCCAUCAAGUCCAUGCUGUUGCUGCUGCUGCUCCCGGAGUUGAACAUCGCGUCCGCCAUGUCCGCCACCGCCAGCUGGUAGUCGGGGAACCUUCCGGCGGAGGGUCCGGCGCCGGCGCCGGCGCCGCCGAGGUCGUGGAGGAGCUGCACCGAGAGCCAGUGGGCGGUGGGGAGCGACGGGGGAGGUGGCGGGGCGGCCGUGGCCGGCGGCGGCGGCACUGCGGCGGUGGGGGCGGAGGAGGACACGUGGCAAGUGUGGGAGCAACGGUAGGUGACCUCGAAGGUGAAGGGAUCGUCCUCCAGGCGCUGGACCUGUUUUUUGGCCGGGCAGCCGUACAGUUUCUGCCGCAACUAUGGAUCGAGGUUUAA